AUGAGUCACUUCAACAUUAUAGCCGACUACUAUCGGUCCAACAACGCGGGUCCAUCCAGAGCGCACAACCUCGGCCCUCGUCGCGCCUCACCAGAACGCAAGAGCGGUUACAACACCCAAUCUGCAGCAUACACGACCCUCCCACCUCCGACUCGGCGCUUUCUGACUCUCUACAUCAAACUUCAGAAACGGCGCCAGACCUUCCGCAUAGUCGAAGUCCCUGCGAACUUCACCUUCGCCAACCUCCACACCUACAUCCGCUUCCUCUUCGGUCUGUCCGACAACCGCCACUACUUCGACGUCGUCGAUCAUGUCAGGUUCCAUGGGACUAUGAAGGGCCAUAUUCUGGACUGUGGGAGGUGGAGUAAGGAGAUGCAGGAGGCGUUGCCGGUGCAAUAUAUGGACAUCAUGAGGGGAAAGGACCCGGUCAUGAGGGUUUCGCCAGUAGGAGCGAGGGAAGGUGCACCUUCCUGGGAAGAGGAGUUCAACUGGGCACUCCUGGGAGACGAUGUGGUCAGGAAAAUGGAGGAAGAGGUCACGCUGAGCCAGAUAUGGAACCCGAAGUAUAACGUCUGCUCGUGGACGGAGUGUCCGCGUGAUUGUGAGGACGAAGAGAUUGCUAUCAAGUACGAGAACAAGAGAGGCGACGACCACAGUUUCUUCAUCUCGCUGUACGGCGACGACCCAUUCGUCACGUAUGAUGAGCGCCAACCCAGCGUACCCACGAUCAUUGAAGUCAAAGGCUCUUGCUUCACCGAGAAGGGUCGCGACUGGAGGAAGGAGAUUGAUACACACAAGAAGAAAAUUGACCGCGGGCUCAAGGAUUCGAAUGCAUUCGAGCGCUACUGCAAAGGCGAACUCUUCACCGUCUGUGGACCGGAAAGACUCGAAGUUUUCGACCAAGAGGAAGUGCGGCGCCGCGAGCUGGAGAAACGGGAGAAGGAGCGAGAGAAACUCGAGAGGAGUCAGAGGCAACGGGCUGAAGAGGAACAGUACAAUGGCGACUAUGAUGAAGGCGACUAUGAUGAGGAUGACUAUGAUGAGGACGAAGAGGAGUACUACUCUCAUUCAGACUCAUGA